CGAAGAAGAAUCCAUCAUGGCUCUGUGUUAGUGUUAGCUGACAGGCUAGUAAUAAGAGUAAGAAUUUCAGCACGACGUGCGUCGCUCAGGGUAAUCACGUCUCCUCUCAGGAGGAGAGUCUCUCUGCUCAGCUCGCUCUCACUGCUGUUUGGAUUUGUGCCACUCAUCAAAGAUGAAUCGUCCAAAGCCCACAACUCUGAGGCGGCCGAGCGCUGCAAAACCAUCAGGGCAUCCCCCGCCUGGAGAUUUUAUUGCUUUAGGAUCAAAGAACCAGGCAGGAGAGCCCAAAGCCCCCGCUGUCCUCCUGAAGCCUGCAGCCGCUGGUUUACCUGCUGACCGUAAGAGAGAGACUACUUCCUCUCUGCCCUCCUCAUCGGGUCUGUCUACCCUCACCAAGCGGCCCAAGCUUUCCACCACUCCUCCAGUCAGUGCUCUGGGACGACUCGCUGAUGUUGCGGCUGUAGACAAGAGGGCCAUAUCACCCUCCAUAAAGGAGCCGUCAGUCGUGCCCAUUGAAGUGUCUCCAGCUGUGCUGCUGGAUGAGAUCGAAGCUGCAGAGUCAGAAGGAAACGAUGACCGUAUUGAGGGGUUGCUUUGCGGAGCGGUGAAACAGCUGAAGAUGAACAGAGCCAAGCCUGACAUCACUCUAUACCUCAGCCUCAUGUUUCUGGCUAAAAUAAAACCCAAUGUGUUUGCUACUGAAGGAAUCAUUGAAGCCUUGUGCAGCCUCCUGCGCCGUGACGCCUCGAUCAACUUCAAAGCCAAGGGCAACAGCCUCGUCUCUGUUCUGGCUUGCAAUCUGCUGAUGGCGGCCUACGAGGAGGACGAGAACUGGCCAGAGAUCUUUGUCAAAGUGUACAUCGAAGACUCGCUGGGAGAACGGAUCUGGGUGGACAGUUCUCACUGUAAGAAUUUUGUGGACAACAUUCAGACUGCUUUUGGCACAAAGAUGCCUCCAAAGAGUAUGCUGCUGCAGGCUGAUACCGGGCGCACUCCUGGAGAUCUCAGUGCAGGGAGCAGUCCUCAUCCUUCAACUCCAGACGAGGACGACAGCCAGACUGAACUCCUGAUAGCAGAAGAGAAACUCAGUCCUGAGGAUGAAGGGCAAGUCAUGCCGAGGUAUGAAGAGUUGGCAGAGAGUGUGGAGGACUAUGUGCUGGACGUCCUCAGAGAUCAGCUGAAUCGCAGGCAACAGAUGGACAACGUGUCCCGAAACCUGCUGCGUCUGCUCACGGCUACCUGUGGCUACAAAGAGGCGCGGCUCAUGGCCGUGCAGAGGCUGGAAAUGUGGCUCCAGAACCCAAAGCUCACUCGCCCAGCUCAGGACCUCCUCAUGUCUUUGUGCAUGAACUGCAACACCCACGGGGCGGAUGACAUGGAGGUGAUCUCCAACCUGAUCAAGAUCCGCCUCAAACCCAAAGUCCUUCUCAACCACUACAUGCUGUGUGUCAGGGAGCUGCUGAAUGCGCACAGAGACAACCUGGGAACGAUGGUGAAGCUGGUGAUCUUUAACGAGCUGUCUAACGCCAGGAAUCCCAACAACAUGCAGGUCCUCCACACGGUUCUUCAGCACAGCCCGGAGCAGGCGCCAAAGUUCUUGGCGAUGGUGUUCCAGGACUUGCUAACGAAUAAGGACGAUUACCUGCGCGCCUCCCGAGCUCUGCUGAGAGAGAUCAUCAAACAGACCAAGCAUGAGAUCAACUUCCAGUCCUUUUGCUUCGGCUUGAUGCAGGAGAGGAAGGAGGCCAGCUACGUGGAUAUGGAGUUCAAAGAGCGCUUUGUCAUCCAGGUGACUGACUUACUGACCGUCUCUAUGAUGCUGGGAAUCACUGCUCAGGUCAAAGAAGCCGGCAUUGCUUGGGACAAAGGAGAGAAGAAGAAUCUGGAGGUCCUGAGGUCGUUUCAGAAUCAGAUCGCGUCCAUCCAGAGAGACGCAGUGUGGUGGCUUCACAGUGUGGUUCCUACCAUCAGCAAAGUUGGCGCCAAAGACUACGUUCACUGCCUUCACAAAGUGCUUUUCACAGAGCAGCCUGAGACGUAUUACAAGUGGGACAACUGGCCUCCGGAGAGCGACAGAAAUUUCUUCCUGCGCCUGUGCUCUGAGGUCCCCCUGCUGGAGGACACGCUGAUGCGCAUCCUGGUGAUCGGGCUGUCUCGUGAUCUGCCCCUGGGCCCGGCUGAUGCCAUGGAGCUGGCCGAUCACCUGGUGAAGAGAGCAGCCGGAGUUCAGUCUGAUGAUUUAGAGGUCCUGAAAGUGGAAAGGAUCCAACUCAUCGAUGCCGUGCUGAACCUGUGUACAUACCACCACCCGGAGAACAUCCAGCUGCCGGCGGGGUACCAACCGCCAAAUUUGGCAAUUUCCACACUCUACUGGAAGGCCUGGCUCCUGCUGCUCGUGGUGGUGGCAUUUAAUCCUCAGAAGAUAGGUUUGGCAGCAUGGGAUGGCUAUCCUACUCUGAAGAUGCUCAUGGAGAUGGUUAUGACAAAUAACUACACAUACCCGCCGUGCACCAUCACGGACGAAGACACCAAGACGGAGAUGAUCAACAGGGAGCUGCAGAUCUCCCAGAGGGAGAAGCAGGAGAUUCUGGCGUUCGAGAGCCACUUGGCCGCUGCCUCCACCAAGCAGACCAUCACCGAGAGCAACAGCCUGCUGCUCUCGCAGCUCACCAGCCUGGAUCCACAGGGUCCUCCUCGGCGACCCCCUCCUCAGGUCCAGGAGCAGGUGAAGAGUCUGAACCAGUCUCUGCGCCUUGGUCAUCUCCUCUGCCGGAGCCGCAACCCGGACUUUCUCCUCAACAUCAUCCAGAGACAGGCUUCCUCUCAGUCCAUGCCGUGGCUGGCGGACUUGGUUCAGUCCAGUGAGGGCUCCCUGGACGUGCUGCCCGUGCAGUGCCUGUGUGAAUUCCUCCUGCACGACGCUGCAGAUGACAGCCUGCCAAUCGAGGACGACGACGAAGAGAGCAAAGAGCAGAAGGCCAAGAAGAGACAAAGACAACAAAAGCAAAGGCAGCUGCUUGGACGGCUGCAGGACCUCCUGCUGGGCCCUAAAGCUGACGAACAGACCACAUGCGAAGUGCUGGAUUACUUCCUGCGUCGUCUCAGCUCGUCUCAGGUGGCGUCCAGAGUUCUCGCAAUGAAGGGUUUGUCGUUGGUUCUGGGUGAAGGAGGCUUGAAAGACGGAGAGGAGCGAGACCAGCCGAUGGAGGAAGACUCUGCCGACGCCGAGCUGCUGCCGGGGUACCAGUGGCUGCUGCAGGACCUCCCGAAGCUCCCGCUGUUCGACAGCGUCAGAGGAAUGACGUCCACCGCCCUGCAGCAGGCCAUUCACAUGGAGACAGAGCCGCAGACGAUCAGCGCCUAUCUCAUCUACCUAUCCCAGCAUGCACCGGUGGAAGAGCAGGCUUCUCACAAUGACCUGGCCCUGGAUGUGGCCCGGCUGAUCGUGGAGCGCUCCACCAUCAUGAACAGCCUGUUUUCCAAACACUGCACCAAACCGGAGUCGGACGCCGUGCUCUCGGCUUUCCUCACCAUCUUCUCCACGUACAUCAGGAGGAUGAGGAAGACCAAGGAAGGAGAGGAUCUGUAUAGCUGGUCGGAGUCUCAGGACCAGGUGUUCCUGCGUUGGACCACAGGGGAAACUGCGACCAUGCACAUCCUCGUGGUUCACGCCAUGGUUAUCCUGCUGACUCUGGGGCCACCCAAAGGGGAGAGUGACUUCCACGCUCUUCUGGACAUUUGGUUUCCUGACAAGAAGCCUCUUCCCACGGCCUUUCUGGUCGACACGUCAGAGGAGGCUCUUCUGUUGCCUGAUUGGUUGAAGCUGAGGAUGAUUCGAUCCGAAGUGUCUCGACUGGUCGACGCGGCUUUACAAGACCUGGAGCCUCAGCAGCUGCUGCUGUUCGUCCAGUCCUUCGGCAUUCCCGUCUCGAGCAUGAGCAAGCUGCUGCAGUACCUGGACCAGGCCGUCUCUCACGACCCCCAGACGCUGGAGCAGAACAUCAUGGACAAGCACUACAUGGCCCACUUGGUUGAAGUGCAACACGAGCGAGGGGCCACUGGGGGGCACACUUUCCAUACCUUACUGAGUUCUUCUCUUCCUCCACGCAGAGAUUCAUCUGAAACCAGUAAGGUCAAGGUAACCAUGGAGACGCCUCAUAGCUCUGUGAAGAUGAGAGCAGCCAGUCAGCUCCCUGCAGUCGGACCAGACGACGAUCUGACCGGGAUGCUGCUGCAGAUUUUCCCCUUGAAGGUGGACCCCCGCUGGCCCGGCCCCCCUCCCAGCCAGCUCUCGCUGGCCCUGCAGCAGGCCCUGGCUAAGGAGCUGAUGCGGGCCAAGCAGGGCCACGUUCAGCAGGGGGGUCUGGCCUUCCGCCUGCUGCAGGCCAUCACCGCCCUGCUCACCUCCACCCACGCCGGCCCCAUCGUCAUGUCCAUGCACCGCAGCCACGCGCUCUCCUGUCCUCUCAUGCGCCAGCUUCACCUCUACCAGCGCCUCGUGUCCCAGGACAUCACCUUCUCCUCGCUGUUUCUCAAAGUCAUCGUUGAGAUGUUGAUCUGGUUGGACAAUCCGACGGUGGACGGCGGCCCGCUGAAGACGCUGCUCAGAUCCUUCGCCGGUCAGAACUCCCACAAACACCGGCACAGUGACGUGCGAACAGGUUUCCUCCACCUGGCCGAGGCGUUGGCGUACCGCAGAGACACCGAGGUGCCGCUCAGAACCAUCAUGGCCAUGCUGAGAGCCGGGGAGAGAUGCAACGCAGAGGCGGAACUCAUCGGGAAAGUGCUGCAGGGCCUGAUGGAGGUGAAGUCGCCGUAUUUGGAGGAGCUGCUCUUCCUGCUGAUGACCGUCAGCACGCAGAACGGGACGGCGGGCCCUGUUGCCAUGGUGAUCUCCCUGCUCCUUCAGGAGUGUGAGGAGCGAGCUGUGAAGAAGGAAGCAGAUCUUAACAACGGCUCCGAGGUGACGAAGUCGGGCCUGAGCUGCGGGCUGCUGGUGGACUGGCUGGAGCAUCUGGACCCCGAGGUCACGUCGGUGUGCCCGGACCUUCAGCAGAAGCUGCUGUUUGCUCUCAACAAGGCUCGAGGGACCCCGGCCUACAGACCUUAUCUCCUGGCCUUGCUUACACAUCAGUCAAACUGGCCCACUCUGCUGCAGUGCAUCAGCGCUCUCCUCAGCAAACGCCGCGACUACAAACUGGACCCGUCGUCGGCUCUGGACUUCUUGUGGGCGUGCAGCCACAUCCCGCGGAUCUGGCAGGGGCGGGACCAGAAGAUCCCUCAAAAGAAAACGGAGAAAUUCGUCCUCCGGCUGAGUUCCGAGGAGCUCAUCAGCCUGGUGGACCUGAUCCUAUCGGAGUCGGAGCUCAACAGUCGAGACUCGCCGUACGAUGACAAAACCAACGUGGACCAGGCGUCCUGCUCCCUCAUCCAGUCCAGGCUGCCCCUCCUCCACUCCUACUGCAACGGCCACCUGGAAAACAUCAAGAGAGUGUCGGAGUACCUCAUCAACUGCUCCAAGAAGUGGGAGGACAGUGCGAUGAGUAAGCGGUGCCAGAACUUGCUGCUGCAGAUCUAUCUGCUCUUCCCGGAGGUCAUCCAGCACGUGGCCUUGCCCGAGGGCACCUUCAGCAGUGGCGGGGCGGCAGACAGCAGCAGCUGCAAGCUGGACGUCCUGGUCCACCGCCUGGUCACGCUGCUCGCCGACAUCGGGGACUCCAAGUCGGCCGAGGGUCGCGUGUCUGACGCCAACCUCGCCUGCAGGAAGCUCGCCGUGUCGCACCCCGUGCUGCUACUCAGACACCUUCCCAUGAUCGCCGGCCUCCUGCACGGCCGCAUGCACCUCAACAUCCAGGAGUUCAGGCAGCAGAACCACAUGACGUUCUUCAGUAACGUCCUGGCCAUCCUGGAGCUGCUGCAGCCGCUGGUCUUCCACAGCGACCACCAGAGGGCGCUUCAGGACUGCCUUCUCUCCUUCAUGAAGGUCCUUCAGAACUUCCAGAGGACGCGCUCUCCGUUGGUCUUCAUCAAUAAAUUCCUGCAGUUCACACAGAAGUACAUCACACACGACGCCGCGGCAGCCAUUCCCUAUCUACAGAAACACUCGGGCAUCUUACAGAGCAUGUGUGCUGAAAAUCCAGACCUGGUGCAGCUGAAGUCUCUGCUGGCAGGACUCACUCUGCCGGUGAAAAGCUCUUCAGCUCAGGUCGCAGCGGAAGAGAAAGACGCAGACGACCUGGCCACAGGCUCGCUGCCUCUGGUGAACAUCUCGGCCCCGUAUUCGCUGAGCGCCGCGGACAUGACCAUGUACCUGAAGAAGAUGUCGAGGGGAGAGGCCGUGGAGGAUGUGCUGGAGGUGCUGACAGAGGUGGACGAGAAGUCGAGGAGGAGCCCAGAGAUCAUCCAGUACUUCACCAACGACCUGCAGAGACUCAUGACCUCGUCUGAGGAGCUGAGCAGGAACAUGGCCUUCAGUCUGGCCCUGCGCUGCAUCCAGAACAACCCCUGCCUGGCGACCGACUUCCUGCCAACGUUCAUGUACUGCAUGGGCAGCAGCAACUUCGACGUGGUGCAGACGGCUCUGAGGAAUCUGCCUGAAUACGUGCUCCUCUGUCAAGAACACGCCGACAUCUUGCUCCACAAAGCCUUCCUGGUCGGGAUCUACGGACAGAUCGACACCAGCUCCAUGAUCUCAGAGUCCAUGAAGGUCCUUCACAUGGAGGCCACCACGUAACAUCUGACUGCAAAAGACUCUCCCUCCGUUUUCCCGUAGUUCAAACGUCGCUCUAAUUUGACCACCGCAGAUUAGCAAACUCUGAGACUCGGCGGCGGCGCAGAUUAAAAGAUCCUCCGCUGAGCUGCUGCUGGUUAAUUUAGUGACUUCAAAGAAAGCAUUGAAAUUCUUCCUCAAUGUGCAGAACAUGUUUCAAUUAAAACUUUGGAAUUCACGUGAAUGCUGUAGUAAUUAGUCUUGGUCUCAAAUUCAGAGGGAGGAGAAGUGUUUUUAUUAAUGAUGGAGCAACAUUAACAAUAAUUCAAGUAUUAAAAAAACCUAAUUGGAAUGUGAGUGGAGAAUGGGAUUGUCUCAGAGAGAGAGAGAAUCAGCAGAAAUUAAAAAUUAAGAAAUACAUGCUAUAUAAUUAAUUCGAUUACAAAUAAAUAAAUUAAUUCCAAAAUUCCAUUUCGAAGGACAUGUCAGCCUUCUGGAACAAACACUGACGAAGUGUUUGAUAGCAUUGUUUUGUUUGAUACUGUUUCUACUUAUCAAUAUUAGACAAAAAAGAAAAAAAAACUUUUUCAAGCAUUGUUUAAAACUGGAAAGCCAAAAUGUUUCCAUUCAAAACCGUGUUCAUCAAAUACCUGAACACUUUCUGUCAGCUAAUAAAAACACGUCUUCAAAGACAUUUUCUCUUUUUGUGGAGCAGAAAGUGAACGUUGGCAGCCGCCGUCACUCAAAGGUGACAUUUGUGAAACCUGUCCGAAAUGGUAAUAAGAGAAAUUUUUAUAAGAAGACACAAUUACCUUUGGAAAUACUGUUUAGGAGGGUGUGAGGUUUCAUUUCUCUCCUGUAAUAAUUUGG